CUUCUGCAAUUGCUGGAGCCGAAAUGUGAUCAGAUAAGAGAAAGUGCUAUGAGACAAGUUGAAGAGAAGGAAUUGGAGUUAGCCAAAGCCCUUGAUGCUUCUGAAAUUGCUGAGCGUGAAUGUGCUAAACUGAAGAGAAUGCUGGAAAUAGAGCAAAAACUUGUACAAAGGCUUAGACUCGAGAAAGAUGAUGAGGCGCAGCUAGCCAAGAGGCAAAUUGAAGAGAUUGAUCAAGAAUUAGCCCAAACUCGAAAAGAUGCCGAGUUAGCUCGGAAAGAUGCUGAUGCCGCUGAGAAUGAAUGGACUAAGGUGAAGAGAGAUUUGAACAAUAUGGAAGAGCAUGUCAAACGGCUGGAGUUGCAAUGUCAAGACAUGACAGAAAGGGCCAGUAGGCAAGAUGGAGACAAGGCGCUAGAGUUAGCCAAUGCCGUUAAUGCUACUGCGAUCGCUGAGGGUGAAUGUGCUAAACUUAAAAGAAUGCUGACGGAAGAACGAAAAACUGUCCAAAGGCUUAUACGUGAGAAAGAUGAUGAGGCAGAACUGGCCAAUAGACAAAUUGAAAAGAUGGAUCAAGAAUUAACCUAUGCUCGAAAUGAUGCCGACAUUGCAGAGAAUGAAUGGGCCAAGGUGAAGAGAGAGUUGAGGGAAAAGGACGAAAUUGUCAAACUGCUGAAGCUGGAAAUCCAGGAGACAAGACAAAUUGCCAUGAGACAAGUUGAAGAGAUAACUGAAGAAUUCGAGGAUGCUCGAAAAGAAGCUGAGCAUGCUCGAAAUGAUGCUGACAUUGCUCAGGACGAAUGGAUAAAGGCGAAGAAAGAUUUGCAAGAAAAGCUUGACCUGGUGCAGUUGCUAAAGCUGGAAUGUCAGGAGACAAGAGAAAGUGCCAAGAGACAGGUUGAAGAAAAAGAACUACAGUUAGCUGAUGCCCUUAAUGCUGCCACAGCUGCAUCAUCGAGUUCUGCCGCUGCCCAGGAUUGUGUAAUUUGUCUGACCAAUGUAAAGGACAUGGCCUUUGGAUGUGGACACAUGACCUGUGAAGAAUGUGGGGCGGAGCUUUCCACAUGUCCUAUAUGUCGGGAGGACAUAACCCACCGCAUCAAACUGUUUCCUGGAUGACUAGGGGUAUGUUUGCGUGCUUUGAAGAUGAUGCAAUGUGGAUGGA